AUGACCCAGCUCAUAUGUGUCCUAGUUGCCUUGAACUUGCUGGCCUCUGAUGCACUUCAGCUCGGGCCGGCUGGCACUUGGGCAGGUGCAAGUUGCAUACUGCGGGAGCAGGACGCCCUGAUGUCCUUCAAGCACGACAUCACCAGCGACCCCAUGGGCGUCCUUGACUCUUGGCACAAAGAAGGCCAAGGGGACUGCUUGCAAGUGUUGCAUUUGGGAUCCAACAAUAUUACCGAAAUAAUUCCGGAACAGAUAGCACACUUAACCAGCUUAGUCGUUCUUGAUAUCUCUCGGAACAACCUAGCUGGAGGUAUACCAGGAGGGGUGGGGCUGCUCUCUAGUUUAAGCAGACUUGAUCUCUCUUUUAAUUAUCUUAGUGGACCUGUGCCAUCUGAGGUUGGUAUGCUCGGUAAUUUGACCAUAUUGAAUCUGGAACAUAACAAUCUUAGCGGACAUGUUCCAUCUGAAAUCCGUAUGCUUGGCAAUUUGGCCACGAUGGACCUUCGAGACAACAACUUGAAUGGUGACUUCACUGAAGAACAUUUUACAAGUCUAACGAGGUUAAAGAGGCUGCUAUUAAGUGGGAAUUCCUUGCGGAUUAUAGUUGGUCCCGAUUGGAUACCACCCUUCAGUUUACAAGAAAUAGAUCUUGGCUCUUGCCAACUGGGCUCUUCGUUUCCUGCAUGGCUUCAGUUCCAAGUGGACAUGUGGGUGAUGGAUAUAUCUAGCACCGGUAUAGUUGAUAGGCUUCCUGACUGGUUCAGCACUACAUUUGCAAAGGUCAUAUAUCUAGACAUCUCCAACAAUGGAAUAAGCAGCAGGUUGCCAAGAAACAUGGAAUUCAUGGCACUGGAACAUUUCUUUAUCAAAUCAAAUAAACUGACUGGUGAAAUCCCCAACUUACCAAGAAAUAUUAUCAGCCUGGACAUGUCUGAAAACUCUUUGUCUGGAAAUUUGCCAUCAAACAUUGGGUUUACAGAUUUGAGAUCAUUAUGGCUGCGAUCCAAUCAAAUAACUAGUCGUAUUCCCGAAUCUCUCUGCAAAGCGGAAUCCUUGUAUUCCUUGGACUUGAGCAGCAAUCUUUUGGAGGGUCAACUUCCUCCAUGUUUUGGGGUGAUGGGCAGUGCCUUUCUCAUGUUGAGUAACAACAGAUUCUCAGGCAAGUUCCCAUCGUUUCUAAAAAAUAUGAGAGAAUUGAAGUCUCUAGAUCUAUCACAUAAUAGUUUUUCCGGAAGGUUACCAUUGUGGAUUGGAGAGAUGGUUGAAUUAAGAUUUCUGGGGCUAAACCAUAAUACAUUUUCUGGAGAAAUCCCACCUGCCAUCUCAAAUCUUAGUCACCUUCACCAUCUGAACCUAGCAGGCAAUGGCUUAUCAGGAGCCAUACCGUGGCAUCUGUCAAAUAUGACGGCCAUGAUAGGAAAGGAUGCAAAGGAUUUCUCUGAACUAUAUUCUACCGGUUACUUUGAUAUAGUUCACAUCCGUUCGUUAGACUUUUCCUCUGCGGUCGUCAAGGGACGGGAACUUAAUUAUAGUGCCGGCAUUUGGGAUUUGGUGAGCAUUGACCUAUCUUUGAACCAAUUAACUGGGGUAAUCCCAGAAGAAAUGCUUCUUCUUGAUGGGUUGAUAAACCUGAAUCUAUCGUGGAACCGAUUGAGUGGGGAAAUCCCAAAUAAGCUUGGGGCCUUGCAGGCAUUGGAAUCACUUGACCUCUCAAGGAACAUGUUUUCUGGCAUAAUCCCUUCGAGUCUGUCUGAUUUAAACUAUUUGAGCUACUUGGACUUGUCUGGUAACAAUCUAACAGGGAGAAUACCAUCAGGACGUCAGCUUGACACCCUCUACACACAACAACCUUCCAUGUACGGUGGCAACAGUGGUCUUUGUGGGACUCCUCUUCCAUACAGUUGCCCCGAAAAGGAUGUAGCAAGGCAAGAUGGUCAAAAAGGGAACGAACAUUCAUUUGAGCCAAUGACCUUCUAUUUUGGAGUCGCUCUAGGAUUUAUUUUGGGUCUCUGGGUGGUGUUCUGCAUCUUGUUGUUCAAGAAAGCAUGGAGGAUUGCUUAUUUCCGCGUGGUUGACCAGACAUAUGAUCAGAUGUAUGUGUUUGCCGUUCUUACAUGGAAAAGCUGAGCCAGAAAGGGGGCUACAAAUGAGUAACAAGAGCUCUGAAGAAGCAUGAAGCAGCAUAUUUAUGAUGGGAUUUCUAUUUCGUUGAAGUUAAUGUAAAGGAUAUUGAUGAUUUGUAAUUGUCUAUGCGUGUAUGAUAAAUUGAUAAUACUUUUGAACUCCUGUAUUUGCUACUGCUCAGAUCUUGUAAUGAUUGUUUGUUCCGUAUUUCCUUGCUUCAUAUAGUUUA